AUGUCAAUUAAUAAUGAUACUUUAACAAUAAUUGCUUUUUCAACACUAAAUAUUCAAAAUUUAAAAAAUAUUAAAAAAAUUCAUAUCGAUACAACAUAUAAAACAACUAAAGGUCAUUUUGAGCUUUAUAGAAUUAUUGGAGAAUAUCAAGGAACUGGAUUUGCUUUGGACUAUUUAAUUUUAGAUAUAAUUCGAAUUAAUGGAGAGUUGGAAUUAUCUAAAUCAGAAAUUUUAACUCAAUUUUUAUUAAAAUUUCAAAUUCUUGGUCUUUCACCUGAUUUUAUAUUUACUGACAAAGAUUUUACUCUAAUUAAUGCAAUAAAAAAUGUAUGGCCAAAUAAAGGCAUUCAAUUAUGUCUCUGGCAUUUGAAAAAAGCUAUACUUACAAAAAUGAAAUCAAAUAAACAACAA